AUGUCUACCUCUAUAUCCAACUAUUUCAAACAAGAACAACCAGAACAACCAGAACAACAAGACCAAAAUCAAAACCCAAACCCAAACCAAGAACAAGAAAAAGAACAAGAAGACUCCAACCCCCUCCCCCCAACCCUAACCAAAUACCUCCUCCAACCCCAUCACCCCCAAAGCAACACCACCACCACCACCCAAAACACCAAUAUCAUCCCCCCCAAACUCCUCCACCGCAUCAAAUCUCACCCCACCCUCACCCCCCUCCGCCGCCGCACCUACCUCGCCCUCCUAACCGUCCCGCGAGGCCACUGGACAACCUACACCGCGCUCGCGACACACCUGGGCACGUCCUCGCCGCGCGCAGUCGGCACCGCCAUGCGCACAAACCCUUUUGCGCCCGAUGUGCCGUGUCAUCGCGUUCUUGCUGCGGGGGGGUAUUUGGGGGGGUAUAUGGGGUCGCGUCCUCCUUCUUCUUCUGUUGCCUCCUUGAAGAGGAAGAGGGAGGGGGUGGGGAAGGAGGGGGAUAAGGAGGGGGAUGGGAAGGGGAAGGGGAAGGGGACGAGUGGAGCGGGAGUAGAAAAGGGAAAUGGAGGAGGAGAGCACAAGUUGGAGUGGAAGAGGAGGUUGUUAGAGGCGGAGGGGGUUGAGUUCGGGGUGGAUUCUGCGGGGAGGGUUAGGGCGAAGGGGGUGUGCUUUGGGGGGUUUACCUAG